UUCAUUUAAAACUUAUUGAUAAGAACGCCAUUUGUAAACGAUAUCGAAUGAAUUAAAUUCAAAGUUUACAAACGGCGCCAGGAAUGACCGUUAUUUGUAAUGCUAUGUGAAUUAGAUAUACCAUUUUAAUUUAUCAUUUUUUUUAAUUUAUUUCAUAAGUAAUUGUUUUUCAAUAUUUAUUUAUCAUAAGGCAGAAUAACAUAAAUGUGAUACGAUAAUAAUUCAUUAAAUUUUUUCACAUUGUUUUAACAUAUCGAUUAUUUGAAAACGAUAUUUAUUUGAAAAUGACAACCUCACUGGAAGAUAUUUUAGAAAAACAGUGUGAAAAAUUACAAGAUCUUAAAACUGCGACAAUAUUUAUUAAAAGUAAAAAUGCAAUUAAAGAAGAAUUCCUUAAAAUGCGCAUAGUACUUUCACAAAUGUGUAAUGGUAUUGAACAGAUAAGGAAAAAAUUAGUUGAUAUGAGAAAACAAAAUAAUCAAUGUAGAGAAUUAUUGUCAUUCAUUGAAACUUUGGAUAAAAGAAUCAUUCAUAUGGAAAAAAAUAUUCCACAUGAAUUAAUUCGUGACUAUAAUGAAAUUGAAAAUUCUUUAUCAAUGAAAAGUAUAUGCAAGAAAGAGCUUAUACAAAAAUCACCUAUAAUAAUAAGAAAUAAGAAUGUAGAAAAAGAAAAGACUCCAAUAAAAGAUUGUAAAAAAAUAUUAUUUAACGAACUUGAAGUUUGUCCUACGAUAUCUUUGAUAAGUGAAGAUGAGUUCAAUAAAGUUCCAAAAUAUAUUAUUGGAAGACAAUCUUUAGAAACUGUAAAUGAUUUCAUAAAUACUAUUAAUCACAUUUUAAAAACAAAAUAUACAUUUUUAUCAUUGGGAAAAGCUCAUGCAAGAAAGCAAGGAGAUUUAAAUCUUUAUUUGCACUAUAAAAAACAAGAAUUAGAUUUAUGUAAUGAUUCUGAAUACAUAUAUUUCUUUACUGGUGAAGAUUAUGAAAAACAAAUGAAGUCUAAAUUAAAUAAAAUAAAAUUAAAUCUAAUAACAGUUUUACGACAUUGCAAAAGAUUAAGAGAACAUAGGAUAAAAAACGACUUGCGAUAUGUAAUAUUAACAAAAAAAUAAUUGCUUAAGUUUUAAAUUAAGUAAUAAAAUAAAAAGAUUGCAUAAUAAAUUGUUUCAUUGUACAAAGAAGUUAAACAUAUAAUUUUAUAUAUUUUUUUUAUAAGUUUUAUAAUAAUUUAAAUGAUACAUAUUUUUAUGUGUAAUCAAUACUAUUGUAAAAUAUAUUUCUAUUAUUCCAU